AUGGGGCCAAGGCAUUUUGCGGCCUACGAAGAUAGUGUAUUUAGACACUACGUCCAAUUUGGCCCACCUGGCGUCGAUCUUCCCACCUUUGAGCACAUUUUGAGUCAGUGGGACAAGAAGAGCAAAAAAUUCGUCUUUACUGAUAGGAAUGAUGGAGAAGAGAUCGCAUGCUCAUUCAACCUUGAGUGGGUAAUGGAGCAUACAUGGUUCUCCAAUGAGGGGCUUCAUGUUGACCACAAUCGGGACAGGAAAAAUAGGAUUUGGUCCAGUUUCUUUGACAAACCCGAGGCGGGGGGUUCCAGCAGUAUAGCUCCCCCCAAAGGAGGCCCCACCAGACGCAAUGUGGAGGACCUGCUUUUGAAGCUGGUACUAUCUUCUGAUCGCCGAGAUGUGAAGGACUUUGUCCUGCUACAGAUCCUCUAUCAGCUGAGCAUGAUUUGGUGUCCAAGCAGUGUUUCCGGCGUUCCUAGGCAUUUAUUCAAGUACGUCGACAACAUCGAACAGGUCAACAACACUGCUUGGGGGACCUAUAUAUUCAGUGAGACAUCUGAUGCGAUAGAGAGGGCACUGAAGGGUCCUGAGCCAGGGAAGACGACAUUAUAUCUGCAAGGGUGUACCCCUCUAGUUUGUUUGUGGUAUUAUGAACUCACCGGCAUCAAGAAGCCAGCACUUGGUUGUACGGUGAGGCCUCCCCUGACAAAUUGGGUGAGACUUGGGCACGUUGCUGGUUCUUUGAGAUUGGCCACUGUUGUUGCGAAAGCAAGCAAAGCUACGAUAAAGCUUCCACAGCAACAUGGACAACUUCAAAGAAUCGAGGGAGGUUUUUGGGGGAAGGAGCAGGGGAUAGAGAAAGAGAAGAGGAGAGAGAGAGAGAAGAGGAGGAUUAAGGGUCCGGCUGCAGUAGACGCCGGCAGGGCUCGUGGCCCAAUAGACCUUCUUCACAAGAAGAAGAGGAGAGAAGAAGAUGACGACAUCCCAAUUGAUGCACUUGAUAUUGAUGAAGACGCCGAGCAGCCAAAUGAUGCAGUUGAGCAAAUGGAUUGGCCUCAGCAAGUUAUCUACUGGAAGAGCAUCGCGGCAAUGAACGAAUCAUUACGCCGCGAGAACGAGAAUAAAUUCAAGGGUAUGAUUGUUGCAGACCGUGUAAAUACAAGUGCUCUUUCUGUGAAGGUGGCUAAGCUGUCUGCUCAAAAUAGAAGACCGAGAGAGGAACUAAGCGAAGCACGAUGCGAAACCCUCUCUGUAUACAAGGAUAAGAGCCCUACAGGAUUGGUGUCCAGCCCAUUGAUGGAGCCGCAAACUUGUACAAGUUAG